GCUUGGGUUAGUUGAUCCUUAAGCCUGAAGAGUAUUUAUUAUCCCUAAUUUAUCUUAUCUUAAAUCCUAUCAUGGCAAAUGAAGUGACCAAUUUUUAAUGAAUGUUCUACACAAAAAGAUGUUCUCACAGUUACAUUUAACAGCCAAUUUAUUCAUUGAGCAAUUGAAUUCCAGUUACCAAGCAAAAAAUUUAGAAUUAUCAAGAUAAGUUUCAAUAACUACUACAAUUACCUAGCAGCAAAAGUGCUUCAUUCUCCCACCAUGGCUCUUCUGAAGGCUUUUUCCCGUUCUCAAUUGACUCUUCUUCGCACAUCUCUACAACUGUCACCUGCAGUACGCAACAGCUCAGGACUGUGCUUUGAUUUCAGUGAUGAGCAAAAGGAAAUCCAGGCAAUGUGCCGUAAGUUUGCUAGAGAGCAAGUCUUGCCCAGAGCUGCGGAGUACGAUCGCACCAUGGAAUACCCGUGGGACUUGCUAAAAAAGGGUUGGGAGCUGGGUUUAUUGAAUUCCCACAUUCCCGUCAAGUAUGGAGGUCCAGGCUUGACAUCCAUGGAAGAGAACAUCAUCUGUGAAGAAUUAGCCUAUGCCUGUACAGGUUACUCUACACCUAUCACUGCCAGCAGCCUUGGGCAAAUGCCUGUCCUUCUUGCUGGCAAUGAGGAUCAGAAGAAAAAAUAUCUCGGCAUGCUGACAGAAGAGUGCCAAAUGUGUGCCUUCUGUGUGACUGAGCCUGGGUGUGGCUCAGAUGUUGCAGCCGUCACCACCCGUGCAGUAAAGAAGGGUGAUGAGUACAUCUUGAACGGCCAGAAAAUGUGGAUUACUAACAUUGGGCACGCCAAGUGGUUCUUUGUACUCGCAAGAACUAAUCCAGACCCCAAAUCAACAGCAUCAGGAAGCAUGACUGGGUUCAUUGUAGAGCCUGACUGGCCGGGCGUCAACAUUGGACGUAAAGAAAUAAACAUGGGCCAGCGCUGCUCCGAUACCAGGGGCGUCACCUUUGAGGACGUUAGGAUUCCUAAAGAGAACGUCCUAGGAAGUGAGGGCCAGGGCUUCAAGAUAGCGAUGGGCUCGUUCGACCAGACACGUCCCACCGUAGCUUCUGGGGCGGUGGGACUCGCACAGAGAGCUUUGGACGAGGCCACCAAGUACGCCUUAGAGAGGAAGACUUUUGGUGUCCCUAUUGCUGAGCACCAGGCUGUGUCGUUCAUAUUGGCCGAUAUGGCCAUAGAAAUUGAGGCUGCACGACUGCUAUGGAUGAAGUCGGCUUACGAAAUAGUGAAGGGAGCGCCCAACACCUACUGCUCCAGCAUUGCCAAGGCCUUCUCGUCAGACGUGGCUAAUAGGGCAGCCACCAACGCCGUGCAGGUGUUUGGUGGGGCAGGUUUCAAUACUGAGUAUCCCGUGGAGAAGCUGAUGCGUGACGCUAAGAUCUACCAGAUCUAUGAAGGAACAUCUCAGAUACAGAGGGUCAUCAUCGCAAGACACGUCCUUCAGAAAGCCAAGCGGGGUUUGCUAUAGUUCAGGCCUCGAUUAAACCAAUGCUCUACUAGUGCCGUACGGUCAAAACGCGUUGUAGUGCACGUAGCGGUCGUUUUGUCGUUUGCAAUUGGAGGGUUCGGCUGUGAAAGCAAUCAGUGAUUUGCUGAUGGAGUUUCAAACUCGUAACUAUUUUUGAUUGUUUAGCAUCUCGUACACGAAAUAAUGAUCACAUCUCGACUAAAGGGGCAUCAGCCUUGAUCAUGUGUAUCUGUUGCACAUACAAAGCCUAUUGUUCGCAUUUUAUUUAAAAUAAAUGUAUUGCAAGACAGCUGCAAUGCCUUACUCCGGAAUUCAGUUUCUUAUACCAAGAAAGCCAAAAUUUAUACGUAAUUUGCCGUGUAUGAAUUUGUUUUAAUUUUGAGCUCAAAACUGUCUCAACAUUUGAUGGCAUAAAUGAACUCUGGAUAUAUAAUACGGUUUAAAGUAAGUUACUUCAAGUUAGAUAAGUCUAAUGAUCUUGUUCUACGGGUGAAUAAUCACGAAUCUUCUCGCUUUAGUUUUAUGUUUAAGCAGCUUCUGAGUAACUCGUUCCUUUCAUGUACUUUCGUUUGCUGAUUAAGUGAUUCUUGCUGUAACUUAGCCUCAUUGCGCUGUGAUAAGUGCAAGUGAUUUGUUGGUGCUAUUAUUCGUUUGUACGUUUUGAUCAAUGUUGGGAGUCUUAGUAAGAUUGUGAUGCCGAUGUGCGAUUAUAUAUGAAAAGUAUCUACUAUAUAUUUAUAUGUCAAUAAUUAAUAAAAUUGAAA